AUGCCGAUCCGCCGUCACCACCGGGACAAGACCUGUACCGACGGGAGCCGUGGCCUCCUCAGCGGGCCGCAGCUCGGCCAGCCCGGUCCUGCCCGGUUCACGGACGGUUCCAACAAGGUGGUGAGCGGCAGCCGGGACCGCACGCUGCGAGAGUGGGACCUCGUCAAGGGCGGCUACUGUGAGUACGCCGCCGGCUGGGACGGGCCCUCGGGCUCUCCGCGAGGCGUGCGGACAAUAUUCAGCAGCAGCAUCUGCUUCGACAUCCUGGAAGGCGCCAGCUCCAGCCUCUUGUCCGGCCACUACGACAGCACCGUCAAGGUCUGGGACAAGCGGGACAAGGAACCGAAGCACGUCAUCGCCGUGGAGGGUGUGGUCACCUCCCUGGCACUGGGUACAGAUUACAAGGUGUUGUGCUGCACGCGAGACGACGUUCUGAAGUUGGUCGACCUGCGGGCCCUGGCCGUGGUCAAGCGCUUCCAGGCUGACGGCUUUCACGUGGGCUGCGACUACUCCCGGGCAGUGUUCAGUCCCGACUGCAAGUACGUAGCGGCCGGCAGCAGCACCGGCGACCUCUUCAUCUGGAACGUGGCCACGCAGAAGCUUGAGAAGCAGCUCUCGUCCGUGUCUGGCAGUCCGUCGUGUGUGAUAGCCACCGCGUGGCAUCCGGACGGCUCGUACCUGGUGAGCUCGGACAAAACCAAGCUGAUCGCCGUCUGGAGCGACAUGUGAUUCGGAGACGGAUCGGCGCACGCGAACUGGACUGAGCCGGGGGCGUCUGUGGCGCCGGGCUGGGACCCGCAAGCUGCGCCGGAGCCGACACGAGAUCUUGUGAGCGGCUAGUCGGUGACGCGUCAGCUCGGCGUGAGGCGGAACGAGGCGUGGUCCGCCGCUGGAGUGACCCCGGCCCCGGAGCGAGGUGCGCACGCUCGCGCUCGCCUCCCUUCGGCCCGAGCGGGAGAGGGGCCGCGCUUGCCAUGUGGUAGCUGACCUGGCAGUUGGAGCGCGCGGGUGCCGGUGAGUGUGGCCAAAAGUUGGCUCCAGUGUUACUCGGGGUCAGCUCUGCUCGUAACUGACAGGGCCUGCAGGCCCGUUCCUGAUACUCAGCGUGGCGGCCGGCUGCUUAAACCGAGUGCGGUUGGUCUUGCUUGGUUGCCCUUAGUACGGCGUGUGGUCACCGCAUUGACAGCUUUAUACCGGAGUGGGUUGGCUGUGUGUGCAUUGCUUUCAGUAUAAUGUUGGAGUCCCUAGUGUGAGUGUCGUGGCAAUGCGUGUCAUUGGGGUGUGGCUGUUUUGGCCUCCGCGACUGUGGUGGUGUCUUUGCAUGACCUGAUCCGCGGCCCCAGAUCCACAGUCAGUUGGACGGGUGUCCCUAGCCUGCCAAUGUGCGGUGCUAGCUUUUUUCACGUUUACCGCGUUCUUGGCACAUGUAUCGCGGUGUUGUUGACAGAGUAAUCGCUGUGCUAUGCCGGGUUAUGCUGGUAAUAUAUGCAUGCGAAGCCGCCGGCCAAUCGCGUCGGAAAUUCAGCUGGUGAUGCAUCUGCUUCAGAAGUCUGCGUUGGAGGGUUGGUUUCCCAGAACCUCUUCCCGUGCUCAGUCAA